UCUUCUUAGAUCCGUCCCAUCUAAAUUUCAUUUGAUCCGUACCCACUAGUGAUCCGACCCGUUGAACAGUAGUCAUCUUCUUCAUUUUGCAUUACUUCUUAAGUACUUCCUCCAUGUUUUGAGUUUUGAGAGUUCUAUAAACUUGCUUGUACAAUACAUGUCCAUGAAAAUGAUACCUUUACAUUUCUGACUUUCAGACUCUAUUCAAAAUCUUAGGUCUUCCCGGCGUCACAUCCGGUAUCAACCCAUCUCUUUUUUCUACUUUUCUGAUUGCAAUAAGGAGGGAAAUGAGCUUAAUGGCAAGUGCCGAGAAGUUUGUGGAUGAUGGGGAUAAUUCUGAGUCGACGUCCUUACCAACUUAUAAAAUGUCAAAAACUCUUAGUGAUUCACCCAAUGCCCCUGAGUCAAUCUCCACGCACAGUAGAUUGCAAACGGAGUUGAGGAUUUUUGGGCAAAAAGAAAACAAUGAUCUCAAGAAUACUAGAGAUCUUCAUGAACCGGACGAGGAAAUAUAUUCAAAAGAAUCCAGGAGUUAUGAUGUGCCUGUUUGUGGGUGGAAGGAACAGAGGUGUUCGUCCCGAAAGAGAGUUUCUCCUGUUUGUGAUAUCCUUGCUGACCGUGAGUGUAAAGUACUAAAACUUGUUGAAACUCAGGACAACCAUUUCGGUCUAUGUGAGCCAUAUUUCAAAAUCAACACAACUAUCACUGAUGCAGAUCAAAAUGGAGGACAGUGUCUAAAGCAUGUAGUUUUCAGAGAAGGUCAGGAUGGUGAUUCUUCCCACGGUGGUGUGCCACUUUCCGCAUUGCAUAGCACGCAAAAUAAAGUGGUUGGAGAUUGUGGGGAAAAAGAAGGCCAUGGUUGGAACAUAUCUAGAGAUCAUAAAGCGGAGGGGAAACAAUUUUCCAAAGAAUCCAGGAGGAUUUCGAAUAGAGUUGAAUUGGUUGCAUUUGCUUCAAUGAAACACAUCAAGGUAGAGGAUGGAAAUGAAGACUCGCUGGAAGUUCCAGUUUUGGACCUUAAAACACCUUGUGCACUGAAAGAUACUGGUAUUAAGAAAGAAGUGGUUGAAGAGGGAACAUGUGUUCUUCCUGGUUUUCCAUCUCAAAAUAGAGUUUCUCCAAAUCGUGAUUUCCUUGCUGAUUCUGGGCAUGAAUUAGGCAAAACUCAGUACAGACAUUUGGGUCAAUGUGAAGCAGAUUUCAACAUCCAUGAAGCUGUUGUGACUGAAACGGAUCAGAGUGGAGGACAGCCGAUUCAACAAGUUUUUUUCAGAAAUGAUGGGUUGUUAGAGAUGCCAGUUUUGGACGCUGAAACACCUAGUGCAUGGGAAGAUACUGGUAUUAAGAAAGAAGUGAUAGAUGAGGGAACAAGUUUACAGCCUUAUUUUCCGACACAAUACCAAGUCCCUUCAUAUCUUGGUAGAAAGGCACAAAGCUGCCUAUUAUCUCCUGUUUUUGACUUCCUGUCUGAUUGUGGGCAUUAUUUGCCUGGACUAGGUGAAAUCCAGGAUGGACAUUUGGGUCAAUAUGAAGCAGAUUUCAACAUUCCUGAAUUUGUUGUGACUGAUGCAAAUCAAAAUGGAGGACAGCCGAUACAACAUGGUGUAACUUUUGGAAAUGAUGAGUUCUUAAAAAUACCUGAAUUGGAAUCUAUUAUACCUAGUGCAUGGGAAGAUACUGGUAUUAAGAAAGAAACGGUAGAUGUGGGAACUAGUGCACAGCCUUAUUUUCUGACACAUCACCUAGUCCGUUCAUAUCUUGGUGGGACGGAGCAGAGUUGUCCAUCUGAAAAGAGAUUUUCUCCUGUUUGUGAUAUCAUGGCUGAUUGUGGACUUGAAGCACCUCGAGUAAAUGAAACUCAGGACAGAUAUUUGGGUCAAUAUAAAUCAGGCUUCAACAUCAAUGCAGUUGUGACUGAUGCAAAUGAGAGUGAAGGACAGCCAAUACAACAUGGUCUUGUUUUUGGAAAUAAGGAGUUUUGGGAGAUGCCUGCUUUGGACCCUCUAAAAACACCUAGUUCAUGGGGGGACGGUGAUAUUAAGAAAGAAGUGGUAGAUGAGGGAACUAGUGUACAACCUUGUUUACUGACACAUCACCUAGUCCCUUCAUAUCUUUGUAGGAAGACUAGGAACGAAUUGGGAGAAACUCAGGACAGACAUUCCGGUCAAUAUGAAGCAGAUGUCAACAUCCAUGAAGUUACUAUGACUGAUGGAAAUCAGAAUGGUGGACAGUCGAUAGAACAUGCUAUUUCUGGAACAAGUCCGGAUGUACUUGAGGACCCACUCAGAUCACAGGGAGGUGCUUGUGUGCAGACGAUUCAGGAAACUCGUUUGUUUAACAAACCAUCAAAGAUCAAAAGAGAAGAAGAGAGCUCUGAAAUUAACAAUGGCGAACAAGGGAAAGGAAGGGAACAAUCCAAAAAUAAUGCAAAGGAGUGCACAUCAGUCAUCAAGGAUAAGAAUAAGAAAAAAAAGUCAAUUGAAAUUUCUCACAACAUGAAAUUGCCUGAAGGUAGUCUUACAGGUGUUGAAAAUUCAAAGAGCUUGCAUCAUUAUGUUAGAAGAAAUAAAUGCAAUUGCUCAUCCAAAAGUGACAUUCGCUGCAAAGUACAAGACACACUACGUUUAUUUCACGCUGUUCUCAGAAAGCUAGUGCAAGCUAAUGAAACAAAGACUCAGGGCCGAGUGGAUGCUAGUAUUCAGCUAAUUGCUGCCGCAAAGAUUCUUAAGGAUAAUGAUAAGUAUGUCAAUACAAAAAAAAUGUUGGGGGCUGUCCCCGGAGUUGAAGUGGGUGAUCUUUUCAACUAUCGUUUUGAACUUGCGAUGAUUGGGCUUCAUAGGCAAAUUCAAAGGGGUAUAGAUUUUAUUAAUCAGGAUGGAAAAAUUAUUGCAAUAAGCAUUGUGGAUUCUGGACGUUAUGAUAAUGAUACAGUCGACUCUCAUGUAUUGAUAUAUAGCGGUCAAGGGGGAAAUGUAGCGGGUGGAUGCAAGCUGCUACAAGAUCAGAAACUUGAGAAUGGGAAUCUUGCUCUAAAGAAUAGUAUCGAUAAGAGGAAUAUGGUAAGGGUUAUUCGAGGCUUUAAAGAGAGGAAGCAGAUUGGUGGUAGACGUACAACAACUGCAACAUAUAUUUAUGAUGGAUUAUACACUGUUGAAAGAUAUUGGCAUGAUCUUGGGCCUCAUGGAAAAUGGACAUAUAAGUUUGAGUUGAGAAGAGCUCCAAAUCAGCCAGAACAACCAAUGAACAAAGUGAAGCGGGAAAAACACGAAAAGCAACCGAAAAAAGCAAGGAAAUCGAAGAAACGGGAAGCUUGUAACGUGAACGAUAUUUCAAAAGGAAAAGAGAAAUUUCCAAUUUGUGCUGUCAAUACCAUAGAUAAUGAGAAAAGUCCUCCAUUUACUUAUAUUACUGAGGUUAUGUAUCCUGAUUGGUGUCAGCUUAUACCUCCCGAGGGCUGUGACUGCAAGGAUGGCUGUUCAAGUUCGAAGCAUUGUGCUUGUUCCAUCAAGAACGGAGGGGAGAUCCCGUACAAUUAUAGUGGGGCAAUUGUUGAAGAAAAGUCCCUUGUGUAUGAAUGUGGGCCUUCGUGCAAGUGUCCUCCAACUUGUCACAAUAGAGUAAGCCAACAUGGUAUUAAACAUCCUCUUGAGAUCUUCAAGACUGAAUCCAAUGGGUGGGGUCUCAGACCUUUAUCUUCAAUUGCAUCUGGUAGUUUUGUAUGUGAGUACAUUGGAGAGCUCCUUGAUGACAAUGAUGCCGAACAGAGAACUGACAAUAAUGCGUAUCUAUUUGGUAUUGGACAAUAUUACAAUGAUCUUACUCUUCGUGAAGGACUUUCGGCUCUUAUACCUGACAUGCCACUGAGUUGUACCAAUGUGGUUGAAAAUGCUGGUUUUACCCUUGAUGCAGCAAAAUUUGCGAAUGUUGGAAGGUUCAUCAAUCAUAGCUGCUCUCCAAACCUUUUUGCGCAGAAUGUGCUUUAUGAUUCCGAGGACAAGAGCCUUCCGCACAUAAUGUUUUUUGCAGCACAAAAUAUACCUCCUCUGCAAGAGCUCACUUACCAUUACAAUCAUACAGUAGAUCAAGUUAUUGACUCUAGCAAGAAUAUCAAGAAAAAGAGUUGCGCCUGUUGCUCAAACAAUUGCACAUGCAGCAAAUAAACUUUAGCUGCUCUACUUUCACAGAUAUGACUUGUGAAAUUCUACGCAGAGCUUGAUGAAAGAAACCCCAUUUUGCUUUCCUGUGGCUUUUUUAGUCGAUUGUUUAGUCGUUUCAGUAUAGAUUUACAGAUAUCGCUGUUGAUCUGGGCGCUCAGUUAUCUAUCUAUUUUAGUAUUAAUGGAUUAGAAGCAACUGCUUUUGUGGUGUUAGAACUUUCAUUCUAAGAUACUGUUGCCUAUAAAUGAUAGUUGGUUAUGGUCUUUUGU